GGACUUGCUAGGUCGACACUGUACCGGUGCAUGCAGCCUGAGCCGGAGAAGGGAUGGGCUAGAGCUCCUGCUAUCGCCGUGCAGGACCACUCAUAUGGAUCUGAGCCCCAAUUGCUAAGCCCCCCCUGCUCCAAGCAUGGUCUGCACAGGCGCCGCUCGGGGUACCCCUAGCGCCCCUUGCCCCAGCACAUCCGACCCCGAACACCUUAUCGUGCUGGCAAACGGCAUCCUAUCAGACCCAAACGACUGGAACCAUCUGGAAUCCCUACUCCUUAAAGAACCUCAGCAGAGCUUCCUGCUGUAUGCAGAGAAGGACAAUGUGUCCUUCAACACGAUGCGGGGGAUCGACGUUGCGGGGAAGCGCCUCGCCGAGGGGGUCUUAGAAGUGGUGAAACGAACCCCCUCGCUGCGGAGGAUCUCGUUUGUGGCGCACUCCUUGGGGGGCUUGUUUGUGCGCUACUGCCUGGCGUUGCUGUACCGGCCUGGAAAGGAGGGGAGUGCUCAUGUGCUUUUGAAGGGUGGUGCAACUAGAGUUGACAGCAAUUCUGGGGGGACACCAUGUCAAAAGCAGCGGGGAGGAGAGGAUGGUGAAGCAGAGAAGGGGUCAAACCGGGCAACAAGAGUUGAGAUGGUGCAGGACAGCCAGAAAGGUGUGCCUGACGGGACGCUGGAAGCUGAGUCCGGGCUCGGGGUUGAUGGCGGCCAACAAGAUGGUGCCACCUGGCGCUCAACUGAGGAAGACUCUCUUCCAAGCUACAAUACUCAUCAGCCCGUCACUGUCACAAAUAGUCAAACACCUGUGGGCGUCGGGCUAGAUCCCUCCGAGAGCAACCUCCUCGGCCACUUCGCAUCAGAGCCCGGGUCCGACGACCCAAAACCCCAGCCCACAAUCGCCGGCCUCGAGCCUGCUCACCUCAUCCUAGUUGCCGUGCCCCACCUGGGUGUCUGGGGCCGGCGCCAGUGGCCAUUUGCGCACGGGGUCCAUUCCUUCGAGCGCGUCGCGUCGUGCUUCUCGGGCGUGUUUUUGGGUCGGACCCUGAAGCAGCUUUUCCUGCGGGACAGGAAUGUGGACGGGGAGCCGCUGCUGCUAAGUAUGUCGAAGGACUGCAAGGACCGCCCGUUCGUCUCGGCGCUAGGGGCCUUCCGCACGAGGCACUUGUACGCCAACGUAAGAUACGACGCCGCGCUCGGUUGGAAAACGUCCUGCAUCCGCUACGACACCGAUUUGGACCAAGUCCAGAAGCGGUGCCUCGAGCGAGCGGAGCGACGAGAGUGGCUCAGCGCUCGCUACCCACACAUUGUGCACGUAGAGGAAACCCCGGGGCUGAGGCACACCUCGGAAACAUCUUCAUUUCAGGGGGCUGCGCUUGACUACGUUUUUGCCCCUCCGUUGACGCGACAGCUGUCGGAGGCGCUGACAGCUGCUUUGAGCAAGAAAGGGAAAGACGGGAAGGGGGUCGCUUCGGGUGAGGGAAAGAAGCCCGCGCACAGGUGGAGCAGCGAAGAGGCGUGCCGGGCUUUGGAGGACAGAAUGGUCGGGGGAUUGCACCGGGUGUCGUGGACAAAGGUGGACGUGCUGUUCCAUCGUGCCCCUGGGCGAAAGUACGCGCACCAGAUGCUCAUCUUGAAGGACCCGGUCCAGCAGGCGGCGGGGCAGGGGGUGGUUAACCACAUAAUUGAUGUGCUGUGUGACAACAUUUGACGUGCCUGGUUUGUUUGAGUACGAAAGGGCAGGCGUUGCAAGUUGCUUGUAGCUGCUCAGCGGACAGAUUACAAGCGGAUUGGAGGGAAGGAUCCGACAGAUGUACUAAGUCAGACUGUAAACGCUUCUGCACGCAUCAGCAAUUCCAGAAUAGAGACGGCAUCACAAUGAUACACAAUCAAGCAAGCAGCAAUCCUGUAUACAACGUCAGCUCGUUUUGAGACACUGCGGCGCUAGAUUUGUUAUAUUCCGUACCAACCAACCUUGAUUGGAUCAGCA